AUGGGAAAAGCAAAAAAAGGAAAGAAGAACCAGACAGCAGACGAAGGCGAUAGCGAUGUCGAAACUACCAACAUCGAUACUAUCAAGCCGGCAAUCAAUAAAGGCAAGAAAAUCAGUACAGAGACAGAUGAAAGUGAAGACGAAAAACCGAAAAGCAAAUCAAAGCCUAUAAAAUCAAUGGGAACAGAUAUCAAAGAAGUCACAAAGAGUAUUAAAAAUGUAUCUAUUUCAAACAAGUCUCAAAAGAAGAAAGUAGAACUUAGUAGCGAAGAUGAAUCAGAAAUUGAGCAGGAGCCAGAGCAUAAGCCCAAGAAAAAUAAAAAGAAAGAAGAAAAAAGUGCAUUUUCCUUAUUAGAAAUUGAAGAUGCUGGAGACUCAGCACCUGAGGUGCCACCAUCUUCAGAAGAUGAGAAACCAGUCCAAAAAUCACAAAAGAAAUCUAUGCAGGAUAAAAAAGAACCUGCUGGUAAGAAAGGUAAAAAGGCAAGAAGGAAGAAAGAUGACAGUGAUGAAGAUUUAGAAAAGGUUCUUGCUGAACUUGAGAUGGAAUAUUCAGGAAUAAAAAAAGAACCCACACCUGCUGCAGUAGAAGAUAAGCCAAAGGAUGAUGUUGAAGAUAAAUCUAAAAUAAAGAAAAAGAGCACAAAAGAGGAACCAAAAUCAGUCCCAGAAACUGUUGUAGAUGAAAAGGAUAGUGACAAUGAAAAUGACAUAACAAUUAAAACAGCAGCACAGAAGAAAAAAGAAAAAAAAGAAAGAGAAAAGUUGAAGAAACAAGAAGCUAAAAAGAAGGAAAAAGAGCAAGAACCUAAGAAAGAAGAAAAUGGUAGUAAAGCACCUGUAAAAGUUCCUGAAAACCAAGUAGAUAUUAAGACUGCUGAUAAUCAGGUUCCUAAAGAUGAACCAAAGGUUCCAGUCGAAGACAAAGAUGGUGAAGGAGAUACUCCUGCAACGGAGGGUAAGAAAAAGAAAAAAGGGGAAAAGAGUGAUAAGGAUGAUAAAGGUAAGAAAGGACCAACUAAAAAGACUAUUGCAGCUAUGCAAGAAGCUCUUAAAAAGGUAAAAGAAGAGGAAGAAAGGUUAAAAAAGGAAGAAGAAGAGAGAAUAAAACAAGAAGAAGAACGUGAGCGUCAAAGAUUGGAAGCUAUUAGAUUAGAAAAAGAGAAAAAAGAAAGAAAAAAGCAAAAAGAAAAGGAGAGAAAAGAAAGACUUAAAGCUGAAGGUAAACUGCUUACACCAAAACAGAAAGCUGAAAAGGCUAGAGCCCAAGCAAUGUUAGAAUCUUUAAAGGCACAAGGAAUUGAAAUAGGCUCUACCGAGAAGCGACCCCCGAGGCUAGGAACAAGAAUUAAACCAAAUAAAUUAAAGACUCAAAUAUCUCAGGAAGCACCUGCAACUCCAGCAGAAGAAAAGAAGUUAGAAUUGGAUAUCACAACUAAAAAAGUAGAACCGCAGAAAACAGAACAAAAGAAGGAAGCAGAUGAAGAUAAUGAAUUAAUAAAGGAUUCAUGGGAUGCCGAAUCUUCAGAAGAAGAGACUGAGGAACCAUCUAAUGCUGUUACCAAAUCAUCUGACUUACUUAGUUCUACUCCUGCAAAAGAACAAGCAAAAUCUGCCCAGGAUAAGCAGAAACCGAAGGAAGAUGAAGAGAGUUCAGAUGAAGAUGAUGGGGAUUCUGAAGAAGAAACAAGUUCAGAUGAAGAAUCUGAGGAUGAUCAGAUGACUGAUGCACAAAAGAAGAGAGAAAUUGUCCUUAAGAGAUUAGAGAAACCGGGAGGAGAACGAAGAUUCUGGACAAACCCACUGCGCGCCGCCGUCGUGUGCGUUCUUGGCCACGUGGACACCGGGAAAACGAAGAUUCUGGACAAACUCCGCCGCACCAACGUCCAGGACGGCGAGGCUGGCGGUAUCACUCAGCAGAUCGGCGCCACCAAUGUUCCCAUUGAGAAUAUCAAGGAGCAGACCAAACAUGUCAAGGGGGUAAAUGAGAUUGCCUUCAAGCUGCCAGGUCUACUCAUUAUCGAUACUCCUGGUCACGAAUCCUUCAGCAAUCUUAGAAAUCGAGGGUCUUCACUGUGUGAUAUCGCUAUUCUUGUGGUCGACAUCAUGCACGGCCUGGAGCCGCAGACGAUCGAGUCGAUAAACAUGCUCAAGCAGAAGAAGACGCCGUUCAUCGUGGCCCUGAACAAGAUCGACCGCUUGUACGACUGGCAGAGCGCCCAGCGGAAGGACGUGCGCGACAUACUCAAGCUGCAGCAGCCCAACACCCAGUUGGAGUUCGACAAGCGGUGCAAGGACGUCAUCCUACAGUUCGCCGAGCAGGGUUUGAACGCGGCGCUAUUCUACGACAACCCGGACCCGCGCACCUACGUGUCGCUGGUGCCCACUUCGGCCGUGACCGGCGAGGGCAUGGGCAACCUGCUCGCCAUGAUCGUGCAGGCGUGCGAGGGGCCGCUGCACAAGAGGCUGGUCUUCUCGCACCAACUGCUGGCCACGGUGCUCGAGGUGAAAGCUAUCCCCGGCUUGGGCACGACCAUAGACACGAUCCUGAUCAACGGCACCCUCCGGGAAGGGGACACGGUGAUCUUGGCGGGAACUGACGGGCCCAUCGUCACGCAGAUCCGCUCCUUGCUCAUGCCCCAACCCAUGAAGGAAUUGAGGGUUAAGAAUGCGUAUAUCGAACACAAAGAGGUGGUGGGGGCGCAAGGGGUCAAAAUUGCGGCCAAGGAGCUAGAGAAAGCAAUCGCUGGACUCAAUCUUCUCGUGGCGCAGAAACCGGACGAAGUUGACGUCUUGAAGGAGGAGGUGGCCCGCGAGCUGAAGUCCGCCCUGUCGGGCAUCAAGCUGUCUGAGCGCGGCGUGUACGUGCAGGCCUCCACGCUCGGCUCGCUCGAGGCGCUGCUCGAGUUCCUCAGGACCAGCAAGAUCCCGUACUCCGCCAUCAGGAUAGGUCCCGUGGUGAAACGUGACGUCAUGAAAGCCUCCGCCAUGUUGGAGCACGACUCGCAGUUCGCGACAAUCCUGGCUUUCGAUGUUAAGAUCGAGCGCGACGCCCAAGAGCUGGCCGACCAGCUGGGCGUGAAGAUCUUCGCGGCCGACAUCAUCUACCACCUGUUCGACAAGUUCACCGCCUAUAGGGAGGAACUGAAGCAGAGGAAACGCGAGGAGUUUAAGCACAUCGCGGUCUUUCCCUGCAAACUCAAGGUGCCACACUCAUUCUAUCAUUUGACACGUAUGUAUGCGUGCGUGCCCGAGGCUCAAGAAACACUGGCUGAC